AAAGUCACGCUGGCCUGCAUCAUUUGCCGUAAAAAGAAGGUCAAAUGCGACGGUGUUCAACCUACAUGCUCGCGAUGCAAUUCGAUGGGUAUCCAGUGCCAAUAUUCAGACCCACCCAAGAAACGAGGCCCGCCUAAAGGCUAUGUGGAAGUCAUCAACAAUCGAGCCCAUCGCAUCGAGUCG